AUGGCUACCUUUGCGCCUACCAAUUUUCCCUCAGACGUCGGCGAGAAACCCCACCAGGAGCCCCCACCACAGCAUCUCCAACACGGACCCUUCUCCCAUCAACUCAACCCGCCAACCGCGCCAUACACGUCGAAUCCACCGCAGAUAUCACGACGAGCUUCACGCGACCUCCGGCCCCAGCAUUCCAACGGCGCAAUGGCGGGCGCAAACGGUCAUGGACCCAUGGCAGUGCCUGGCGGGCGCAUCAACGGCCAAGAGCAUCGAGCAAACUUGCGCGACAUGGGCUUUGCUGGCCCGCGCAGUCCGCCAAACAACAAGAAUACCUCACACGUGCCCUGCAAGUUCUACCGGCAAGGCGCAUGUCAGGCUGGGAAGGCGUGUCCGUUCUUGCACUCCGAUGAGCCGCUGACAGAGCGAGCGCCCUGCAAGUAUUUCACAAAGGGAAACUGCAAGUUCGGCCAGAAAUGUGCUCUCGCCCACAUCCUCCCCAACGGCCAUGUCGUGAACCGCGGAAAUGCCGGCGGCCACUUCAGCCGCAUGAACAUUCCACACCACCAGGAGCUACCUAUGAACAGCUCGCUGCUUACCAUGCAGGCGCACAUGGGCGGUAUGCAGCCCGGCUAUCCUUACGCCAUGCCCGACGAAUACGCGAACCAGAAGAACCAGUACGACAUGAUUCCGACCAUUGACACCACUUUCUCUUCCCACCCAGGUUCCAACUACGGCUCGCCGCCAAACGAGAACGGCCGACUUCCAAUAUCGCCAACCCAAAAGGGCUUGAGUGUCAUGGAUGUAGGACUCCCAGCCUCGUUCGACAGCCAGGGUGUCUCCACCAUGGCACGAUAUGGCCCCAUCGCCUCCUCUGUACCCGCCAAGUUCCUUGCAAACUCUCCGCCAUCAUCAUACCAAGCCGACUCGCCUGCUCUCCGAAACCUACACGACUCUGCAUUUGGAGAUGGUCUGCGGAGAGGCAUUGCGGGAUUGGGAUCAUCCCCGCCAGAAUCCGUCGAGCAGCCAGUGGGGCGGAGGAUGCUACAUUCCGAGCUUGCUGCUAAUCGGUCUCGGGGUAUCAUGUCUUCAAGUGUGGGCGCGCGUCCGACGUACAAGGACGAAGAAUGGGAUGAGACGGACAUGAUUGGCAAAUUCGAGGAAGACCUACUGCCAAACUCGCUCAGCGAUCUUCUCACACCCCAGGAAAAGAUGCGCCGCUUCUCCCGUGACCAGGGCGAGAGCGAUAACCGCACCUCACAAUCCAGGUUUGGUGUAUCGCCAACAGCAUCGGACCUUAAAUAUGGAUCCCCAUCGGCCGCAACCGCCUCACCCUCGCGCUUCCAGUCCAUGUGGGCCAAGCCGAGAGGACCGACCUACGAGCAAGGGUUUGAAUCAGGUUCCCUCCCAGGUCAGUCAGCUUUCGGACACGUCGGCUCACCACUACGCAACUCAAGCCUCCACCCGGGAGCCAGCCCUUCAUUGCGCGCUAUGAAUCGACCGACUACUGGUGAUAUGAGCCCUUACCUAGCUUCGCCUCCCCGUCAAGCUUCCAUGAGCAUGAUUAGCCAACAACUGCAGCGAACUCGACUAUCAUCUCGUGAAGAGACUGGCAUCACCAGCAACCCCGUCCAUCCCGGAAUCAACCGCGUUACCUCGGCAUCCAGCAUUGGUAGCUCCAGUGGGCGUCUUGGUAUCGAUCGUGCUGUAAGCAGCAGCAGCAUUAACCGCGAGAGGAUCGAGGAGGAGCAAGGUCUUUUCAGUAUGGAAGAAGAGGACGACCUCAACAAGAGCAGGGAUGGUGCCUCUACUACCUCCAGUACGAGCAACAAACGUUUGAGUGGUCUAUCCUGGGGCAGUGGCGGCAAGGGCAGCCCGAACCUUGCACCUGUCGGCGGCCAUCGCACUACUGGCUCAUCUGGACUCGGAAAAGAAACGGGACCCUGGGGUAGCAAUGCUUGA